UUACCCAAGAUGGCGGGCGUCACCAAAAUGGUGGCACCCUGCCCUCCCUAAAUACGGUGCUCCCCGCCCCACUUAACGCAUUUGGGUCAUCAUGGCAGCCGUGACCUCAGCGUCCCGCCGGCUCCGGAGCCAUCUGAUGCGGCGCCUGGCCACCAGCUACACCCCCCACCUCUGCCUCCGCCCAGUGAGCUCAUCCCAGGAGCUCGCUCAGUCCCAGUCCCAGGCUCAGGACCACAACUAUGAGUCCCUCAAAGUGACCCCAGUGGGGGACCACGUCCUCCACGUACAGAUGAACCGGCCAGAGAAGAGGAAUGCCAUGAACCGAGCAUUCUGGAGGGAGAUGGUGGAAUGUUUCAACAAGAUUGCCCAGGAUUCCAACUGCAGGGCUGUGGUGUUCUCAGGGGCUGGAAAGAUGUUCACGUCAGGGAUUGACCUUAUGGAUAUGGCGGGAGACCUCCAGCCAGAAGGGGACGACCCAGCCCGGGUCAGCUGGAAGUUACGGCACUUGAUCAGCAAGUACCAGGAGACCUUCACUGUCCUUGAGAAGUGCCCCAAGCCCGUCAUUGCUGCUAUCCAUGGUGGUUGCAUUGGGGGAGGAGUGGACCUCAUCUCAGCCUGUGACAUCCGAUACUGUGCCCAGGACGCCUGGUUCCAGGUGAAGGAGGUGGACAUUGGUCUGGCUGCUGAUGUGGGGACACUACAGCGUCUGCCCAGGAUUAUAGGGAACCAGAGCCUGGUGAACGAGUUGGCCUUCACUGCUCGAAAGAUGAUGGCCGAUGAGGCUCUAAGCAGCGGUCUGGUCAGCCGAGUGUUACAGGACCACGAGUCCCUCCUGGCCACAGCCUUUGCUCUGGCCGCUGAGAUCUCCACUAAGAGCCCUUUGGCCGUGCAGGGCUCCAAGAUCAACCUGCUCUACUCCCGGGACCACACCGUGAAGGAAGGCCUCAACUUCAUGGCCACCUGGAACAUGAGCAUGCUGCAGACGCAGGACAUCGUCAAGUCCGUGGAGGCCGCUUUCCAGAAGAAGGACCUGAAGAGCGUGACCUUCUCCAAGCUGUGAAUGUCUCCUGCCCCUCUGACCUCUGGAGGAGGCCGGCCCCUCCGGGCAGGGGCCGCUCGCCCAGCCUUCAGCCUCUGCCCGGCCCCCUCCUCAGCCCCGGCCCCCUGCUCUGCUGGCGGGGAGGGGUGUGCGCCCGUGUGGUGGGGCGGGGGGGCGGCCUAUCUCAGUAAUAAAAUCAUUCUAAGAAGCCA